GUAGACCUAAAUAACAUGGUUAUUUUAUUUUUGAUUUGGGUUUCUAAAAUUAUUCCGCCGUUGAAAGGUGACAAAACCGGAAACAAACAAGCAAAACAAUGGCAGCUUGAGUAUUUUGUGCAUCCUGGUUCUUUAAGAAACGAAAACAUUGACGCUCACGUGGAAUGUUCAGUAAUGGAAGAUGACAGUGGGUCCACUUCCUUCAAAGUAAUUGAGGACAUUAAUGACACUAGCUGCAUGCCAGAAGAAAAUAAGCUAGGCACUAUGACGGUCGAUCAGGAAGAGGUAUCCCAAAAUGCCUCUUUACAGGUGGAGGACAGAAUCUGUGCAUUCAAGACAGAGCCAGGGAUAGAAGUCAGUUGUGUGGAAAUGGAUCCACUGACUGCAGUGGAAGAAGUUGAAAUGGACACCAUGUUGAAAACGGAAGUGGUAGAACAUGAGCUGGAUCCUAACGAAGAGGGAGAAGCUGGAGUUUCACCGCAACAGUUUAUCAUUUUAUCCCAACCCCCUAAUGAAACUCCAGAUUCCAUGGAACUCUCACAUUCAGUUCAGACAAAGUAUAUUAGGAUAGAUGGUGCUGAUGGCCAGACCUAUGUUCUAGCUUACUCAGAGGACAGCCUCCUUUCAACAGCCGGAGAGCAAAAGGAAUCAAACAAUCAGCCAGCAUUAAGCACUAAAAAAGUAGGAAAAAACAGACCAGCUGCACCUUCCACAGUCGUCACCCUACAGCCAUCUACUUCCUCUGGUACAAAGGCAGGAGUUAACCCAACAUCCGAUGGUAUCAAUCAGGCUUGGUUCACUACUAGAGAUGAUAAGACUGCUCUCCAUAAUAACGGUCACAAAUGGAAACAGGGACAGUGGACGAAAGAAGAGGUUGAAAUCCUAGAAGCUAACAUUACCAAUUACUGCAAGGAUCAUUCAAUUAAAGAUCCAGCAGAAGUGAUAUUUGAAAUGUCCAAAGAUGAACGCAAAGAUUUCUACAGAACCGUGGCUCUUGGCAUACAGCGACCAUUGUUUUCUGUGUAUAGACGAGUCACCAGAAUGUAUGAUCACAAGAACCACAGGGGAAAAUAUACUCCAUCCGAGAUGAAAAAUUUAAAAGUAUUGAGGGCAAAACAUGGUAAUGACUGGGCAGCUAUUGGUGUGGCCUUGGGCCGUAGUGCUUCCUCAGUAAAGGACAAGUGCCGUCUCAUGAAGGAUAACUGCAAUGCUGGCAAGUGGUACCCAGAAGAAGAAGAAAGACUUGCUGCUGCUGUGUAUAAUUUAACUGGUUUAAAACCUUCUGAAAGCAUUACGUCAGGUUUGUCGUGGGCCACAGUCGCACAACAUGUAGGCACCAGGUCUGAGAAGCAGUGCCGCACCAAGUGGCUUAACUAUUUGAAUUGGAAGCAACAGGGGGGAGCAGACUGGACCCGAGAGGAUGAUGGAUUACUUAUAGACAAAGUUUCUAAGAUGAAUGUGACUAGUGAUACAGAGAUUGACUGGGUGGCACUGUCUCAGGAUUGGGCCAGUGUACGAUCGCCCCAGUGGCUUCGAGGCAAAUGGUGGGCCCUGAAACAUCACAUAGCAGACUAUAACAAGCUUAGCUACCCAGCUCUGCUGGAACAAAUGCACCAAGCUUUACAUUGGAACCUAAAGCCCAAAUUUGGAAGCAGGCAAAGUAAAGACAGUCUUGCUGGAUCAUCUGCUGAUGUGUAUAAGAAUUGUAUUCCUGUCUCACUCACAGCUAAUGCAGAUGGAAGUGGAAGCUUUGCCUUGUCCUAUUGUUCAUCUGAUGAAGAAGGUUUCCAAGCCUUUGAGGUGCUGCAGCAGUGGACACCUCAGAUUAUAACCCAGAGCACUUCAGCAUCUGAUAGCAUCCUUAACGGGGCAGGAGGGCACAUCAUUGUACAAACACUCGGGUCACCAUUGGGUGAUGGCCUUCAUCUUGGUGGCCAACAGCAAGUGAUCAUUAGCACAGCUGACGUGUCACCAGGGGAACUAACCGAAGAUGACUCAGCCAUUCAUGUUUCCGAUGGACAGGAUUUAAGUGGUGACCACCUUCAUGAGAGCAGUAUUACUCCUUUCUCCUCGAAUGUUGAAGAAAUCAUAACAGUCUCAGAAUAUCAUAGUCAGGAAUCUGAAUCAGGAGACCAAGACUUGAUGACUCAUGAUGUCUUUGAAACAGUGACCUCUGAGUCAAGUAGUGACCUAGUCAUGGGUGUGACCUCCUCUCAUCAUGCCAGUAGUUUAAUGACCAGUCUAAAGGAUCCCAUUCUGAUGUCUUCAUCUGAUGUGGAAUGUGAUAAAAGUCAGAAUGCAGUAUUGACGGAUGAAAGCUCUGAACUGAUUGACUGACUAUUGCCCCUCCUGGUGUUCUGGUUGUGUGCAUUACUUCAGGUUUCUUUCAUCUUUAGUGGUUCACUCAGUUGACAUUUUGUUUUUGAGGCUUAAGUAUCAGUAGAAAUUUUAUGUUAUUUUAGUGUUUCUUUCAUGGCUUGUUAAUUUACAGCGCUUAGUUCUAGAACUUUAAUUAGUUGUGGGUUGAGCUUUUGACAUGCACAUCAACCCCCAUAACUAAUUUCUGGCUUGACCUUUAACCUCAUCUUCCCAUAAAGUAUCCACUUCAUUGAUACUGCCAUGUUGCAAGGUAGACAUUGGUAGAGCAAAACAGAAUUUAAAAAUAAACUAUCAGGAAGAAGGAUCAAAUGAUUUAGAUAUGCACUUGUCAUAUUAGAAAAAAACAAAACAAAAAUGCUUAAAUUUGUCUAUAUACACAUUUAUUGUUGGUGGAUCAUUAUACAUUCUGUAUCACUUUAUUUAUUUAUCAAUUUCUAUGUCAACUGGGGAAGUGUAGAGAUAGAAUGAAGAUAAUUUUAUAGUUUUCUUCUUUUUGUUUUUCAAUUAUUUAUAAUAAGGAUUCAUUUAAAACUUGUCAGCUUUACAACUUUCUAGUCUAAACUUUUACAAGUAGUACUAAGAAAGGAUGAAAUGGGUUUUUAGUCGACACAGAUACUCCAGCAGGAACGUUUUUCUUGUUAAGGGAGCAGGAUACUGAAAAAUAGAUAUUUGUUUAAAGAAUACUUGUGGAAAUAUGAAAAUUGUUUUGUGUGUGUGCAAUAUUUUAGAUUUUUUUUGUAUUUGUUCUCAAUAAAUGUUGACAUUCUUGAAAUAUCUAAAAUAUAAAUUGUACAAAUGGCAAAAUAAUUAAACCAAUUAAUUUAUA